AUGAACUUUUUCGCGAUCAGCUCUAGCGACAGCGACAGCGAGUCGGAGAAGAGCCUGUUCCGUGAGGAGGUGCCGGAGGCGCAGAUCAAUCCCUUCUGGUUUGAGUGGACCGAUGAGGAGGAGCUGGAGGAGCGCCAGGAGGUGAUUCCCAAGAAGGAGAAGGCGGCCAACGCUAUUCAAGCGCUGUGCGAUACGUUUGACUACAAUGCCGGCAAUGAAUCGUGGCGUGAGGCGCUCGAGGCGUUUAAGCGCAUGUGCGAUGAGGUGCACAUGUUUGUGCGCAAGUACAAGGUGGCGCCGCAGGGACUGCAGAACUGCCUUCAGGACAUGCCGAACUUGGCGGAGCAUCUGGAGGGAAAGGGGCGCGAGGACUUUGCGAAUCGUUUGGAGUUCAAGAGCCUGAAGGAGCUCGUCGCCUUGGUGGAGGAGACGGAGAAACUUUACAAGAAGGAGCUCGAGGAGCUGGCGAAGGGCCCAGAGAACGAUGACGGUGCGCAGGACGAAGACGACGAUGCCGGCGCGGAGCUGACCGAGGCCGAAUACGCGCAGAUCCUCGAGGACAUCUCCGGCUCCCGCGAGGUGAACCUGGUGGGCAAGGUCGAGAAGGUGAUUCGCGCGUGUGGCCGCAAGGGAUACACGAACCUGGAGAUCUCCGCCAUGGGUAUCGCCGUCUCGGCUGUCCUGCGCCGCGACAGCCGCAAGCUUCUGGUGAGCUCCGACACGUGGGAGCGCGCCUUCAAGUGGGGCUCCAAGUUCUUCAGCCGCAUGAUCGCCGCCACUGAUGUCCGCUUCGUCGAGGACUCCUCGUCGGUGAAUGCACGCAACAUUGUCGUGCCUGGCGGCAUCCACGGCUUCUUGACGUACCUUCACACAGAGUUAGUGAACAAGUCCAAGUUUGAGGAGGUGGCCAGCCAGGAGUACCUCAAGAUCAUCACCUUCGAAAACGAACUUGCUGUGCUCGCUGAUCGUGCCCUAGGCUACUAUCAGGCCCGCAAGAGGAUUGAGCCGUCGAAGGCGUGUAUUUCCAUCCUCUUCGACAUCCUCGGCCAGCGUCGUCAGGAGGCCCACCAGCUCUUCUACGACUCCCUCUCCUCGACAGACAAUCUCAUCAUCUCGGAGUCUGUCUUCGAUACCGUCCGCGCCCUUCACAAGCUUAGCCUUCAACUGAGGCCCAGUGUUGCCCUCUCAGCGUCGGGUGUGUGCCACGUUGCGUACCAGUACGGUCUGUGCGGCCUGUACCGCGAGGGUCGCGACUACCUGCUUCGCACAGGCGUGGCCAACAGCAUCACCGUCUCCGAUGCCCCGCUGGCUAUUCUGCUCAAUAGGGCCAUUGCCCAGCUCGGGUUGGCCGCGUUCAUCGCGGGUGAUAUCCCUACGGCGCACCAACUGCUGCGCACCGUUUGGGGCCUCCGGUCGAACCAGGUGCUGAUCGGCCAGUCGCCGCCGCCCAAGUCGGUGCUGGAUGACGAGCACGCUGAGAUGGAGUACCGAAACUUGCUUAUUCCUCCCCACAUGCACAUGCCCGUCGCGCAGCUGGAGAUGGCGUCCGUUCUCUCCGGCCUCCUCAUGGGCGUGAAGAUGGAGGCGCAGAAUCCGUACGAGCGCAACCACAUGGAGCGCUACGUGUACAACACGGUCACGCGUACCCCGGAUCUCAUGGGAAAGCCGUUCUCCUUCAAGGAGCAAGUGGCUGUUGCCUACGAGCACUUGAAGGCUGGCAACUACAUUGGUGCCAAGGAGCAGGUGGAGGCAAUGACCACGUUUGACACCCUCCCAUCGGGCAAGGAGACGCGCAAACUGUAUCUGCAGAGCCUGAAGGAGGUCGCGCUGCUCGUGUUCUGCCACACGAACCGCACGAACUUCUCCACCAUAUCUGUGGUCAACCUGGCCAUCAAGUUUGACAUGGAGGAAAGCGAUGUACGCCGUACAGUCAACGAAAUACUGUCAGAGAACACAACGCUCAGCGCGUACUGGGACCGCGAUGACGCGUACUUGUACCUGGACCGCAAUAACGCGACGCGCCUCCAGCACUUGGUGAAAGGGACGUCGGAGAGCAUCUCCAAUCUGGCGAAGCACUGCGAGAGCCGCCUUCGUGCGAACGGUGGUCGUGGCCGCGGUCGCGGUGGCGUGGCCGGUGGUAGGGGCGGUGCCGGCGGGCGUGGCGCUGGUGGACGUGGCCGUGGCGGCCGCUAA